AGGGCCGUCGCCCCGGCAGUCGCUUCAUAACGAGCGGCGCGGCGCCUGGAGCGCGGCCAACUUUCCGAAAGCAGAACAGAAUUAAAACAAAAAAAAUAAGUAACUCGCGCACGAAUGCGAGUAAAGCACAUUGCUUCGCACAGUAAACGUUCACUCUGUUCAACCAUUUCGUUUUGCCGCGGUCGCAGGCGCCGUGAAGGUGAUGGAGGAGGCGAUGACGGCGCCGUGAGGAGGAGGGGGGGAGGCCCCGCGUGGGGGUGGCGGCGGUGGGAGAGAUUUAACUCUCCCCACUUGGACUUUUAUUUCACGGCAUUUACAUCUUUAUUAAACGCGCACAACUCGCGAGGAUUAAAGGCGCACCACCGCCGCCGCCGCCACCACCCCCUCUCCCGGUGCUGCCGCGGCAGAGAGGGCAGCGAUGUCUGUGGCGAGUGCCGUGGGGCUGGAGAAGGCGGACGGGUUCAGUAAGCGCUCGGUGCGGCGCGCCGCCGGGAGGCUCAACCAGCGCCGCUCGUCGCUCUUCCGUGCCCUGGGCGCCCCCGUCGAGCUCAGCCCCCUGCCCCUUCUCAAAGACACGCCGGCGGGGGAGGUGCAGGAGCUGUUCUGCCACAAGCUGCAGCAGUGCUGCCUGGUGUUCGACUUCCUCGACUCUGUCUCCGACCUCAAGGCCAAGGAGCUGAAGCGCGCUGUGCUCAACGAGCUGCUCGACCACCUCACCUCGGGGCGAGGCUCUCUCACAGAGCCGCUCUACCCCGAGAUCAUACGCAUGGUCUCCUGCAACGUCUUCCGAGCGCUCCCGCCCAACGACAACAACGAGUUUGACCCCGAGGAGGACGAGCCCAUGCUGGAGGUCUCCUGGCCCCACCUGCAGCUCGUCUACGAGUUCUUCCUGCGCUUCCUGGAGAGCGCGGAGUUCCAGCCGGCCAUUGCCAAAAAGUACAUCGACCAGAAGUUUGUCUUACAGGUGCUUGAGCUGUUUGACAGCGAGGACCCGCGGGAGCGCGAGUUUCUCAAGACCGUACUGCACCGCAUCUACGGGAAGUUCCUGGGGCUGCGCGCCUUCAUCCGCAAGCAGAUCAAUAACAUCUUCCUCCGGUUCAUUUAUGAGACGGAACAUUUCAAUGGCGUGGCCGAGCUGCUCGAGAUCCUGGGCAGCAUCAUUAACGGCUUUGCGAUGCCCCUCAAGUCGGAGCACAAGCAGUUCCUGGUGAAGGUGCUGCUCCCGCUGCACACUGUCAAGGUUCUCUCCCUCUUCCACGCACAGCUCGCGUACUGUGUGGUGCAGUUCCUGGAGAAAGACCCGCAGCUGACGGAGCCGGUGAUUCGAGCGUUGCUCAAGUUCUGGCCAAAGACGUGCAGCCAGAAGGAGGUGAUGUUUCUGGGUGAGCUGGAGGAGAUCCUGGACGUAAUCGAAUCGAACCAAUUUGUCAAGAUCCAGGAGCCACUCUUCCGCCAGAUCGCCAAGUGCGUGUCAAGCCCCCACUUCCAGGUGGCGGAGCGGGCCAUGUACUACUGGAACAACGAAUACAUCCUGGGACUCAUGGAGGAGAACAUCUCCACCAUCCUGCCCAUCGUCUUCGGCAGCCUCUACCGAGUCUCCAAGGAGCAUUGGAACCAAACCAUCGUUGCCCUGGUGUACAACAUCCUCAAGACCUUCAUGGAGAUGAACAGCAAGCUGUUUGAUGAGCUCACCGCCUCCUACAAGGCGGAGCGGCAACGGGAGAGGAAGCGGGAGAAGGAGCGUGAAGAUCUCUGGCAGAGGCUGGAGGAGCUGCAGCUGCAGCAGUCGCCCAACAACAACAGCGCUCGCGCGGCAGGCACCAGCUAGCUCCUCCUCGUCCCCCCCCCGCAGACCGCGGGUGUCCCCACGUCAGGUUUUCAUCCUCCAACAUCCUCUCCUAUUUUUUUUUUACUUUAUAAUUUUAGUUUCUAUUUCUUUGAGGGGGCAUAACACGAAUUUGCAAACAUCAAAAGUGGUGAAAGGAACGCUUGAGAUGGUGGGUGUUUGUGCGUUGCGUUUCUAAGUAUAUGAACGUCCUUUGGCCUUAAACUCACCGCGCGUGAGCUUUAAAAUAAAUAAACAGGUGGUGCAAAAUGUCCAGAGAGCGAGACGAUAGGCGAGCGCGCGUCUUGUGUCGGGUGCAGCAUGCGCACGUAGAAUGCGAGCGACUGUGUUUGUACGCGCGAUGUGUUUGUACGCGUGUACGCAUGCGUGCGUGUGUGCAGCGGUGGCCGACAAGAAUGCCGAGAGGGUGCAUGUGUGGUGGUUUCACUCCCCAGAGCGAGUGCUCUGUACACGAACGCCUCGACUCCCUCUGCCCGAAAAAAAUAAUACCCUCCGCCCCACUGCGAUUAAACAUUUCAGGUUUAUUCAUUCGGACGUUACGUACUUCAGCAAAAAAAAAAAAAAUACCGCAAACAUAUCUGGACAAGAGCUCGUUCCUGAAGUGCAUCCAGGAAUCGGGCGCGUCACGUGACGCAGCAUCGACUCGUCAGACACCUUGUACAUAUGCCUUUGUCUUCCACAGGGUUUUUUCGUAAACAGUUACGCAGACGUUAGCGUCUCAAAUUUGGUUUUUAAAACGUAAAAGAGAAACUUAAUGCAAAGGUGUUCUACGUGAGUAUUCGAAGUUCCGUAGAAGAACGCAGCGAGCGGCCGGGUUGCGUUUCUUCCCAAAGUUUUUCUUCCUGCGACUUCAUUUGUUGGGGUGCGCCCCGGCACUUUCACUUGUUUCCACAUGGAUUAGUACCGGUUUGUAAAGUUGGGUUCUGUUCUUGGGAAGGUGUGUGUGUGCGCGCGCGUUAUAAGGGCACUCCGUGUAAAGGUCGUUAUAUUUUUUGUUGCUUUUGACAAAGCGAACGGACGGAGGUGUGCUCAAUACAAACUCACGUCAGAGGUGCAGAUGGCCGGGGAGAGGGGGGUGGGGGGGGGGGGAUUGAGACCUUUACACCAUUACUCUUAUUCAGAAAAAGUUUGUAAAGAUGUUGCAUAGUAUUUCCGUUAUUCUGUAAAAGUAAAAAAAAAAUCAAGCCGUAAAAAAAAAGACGUGUAAUGACGUUUAUAAGAGCUAGCAGGCCAAUCUGGUUGUGAUUGCCGGCCUGCUGAUGGCACGAGCCGCCGUAUGAGCACACCUCCACCACGCAUGCUGCGCUACCCUCCCCUCCCUCCUGCCCGCCUGCGCCAGCUACAUCACUUGCGGUUUUGGGUUUUCCCUUUGCCCAACCACCACGUGCGCCGUCCGCUGGCACGUUUGGAGCACCUCGUUGUACACCGGUGGGAAUCUUCGUUCCGCGUCCUCGCGCUAAACCUGGCGGUCAAUUUGUGAACUGUUCUUGGGUUUGACGCGAAGAGAGGCAUAGGUGCGGAGAAGGCUGCCGCCCCGCCUCGCUUUGUUCCGGGAAUCGUGAACCUUGAUGACUUGUUUGCUCUUUCCCUCAGUAGCUCCUGUGAUUUGCUUGACGGUGCGGAGUAUUAGACUGUAGUCCGGUCCAGGUUUUCCAGGCAGUUUAUAUGCGGUGCAGUGGACGCGUCGGUUGCCAAGUACAAGGAUUACUGUCGUUUAGCUACUUGUCAUGAGAUGGCCCAGAGUGGAAAUUUGGUCGAACCUGAAACUGGAUCUUUUGCUUCUCGUAUAAAUGUAGAUGCAACCUAGCCUGGGUGUAUGAACACAAGCAGGCUGGGUCUCUCUAGCUGUCCGACACAAGCGCAACGGUGUGUUGGGUUAAUACGCCAGUGCCGUGACAUCGUGGUAACACCCGAGUACGAGGCCAGGGGCAGCCCAGUGGUGGAGCGAGCGGCUUGCAAUCGGAAGGUUCGCGAAUUCAAAUCCUCAAUGCGGGUUCAUUCGGAACGUCAUCCCAAAUUUUAACAUUUUUUUAAACUCGUGUCAAAUGGCCUAAAUACUUGCGCAAGUGUGGGUUCCCGUAUCCACAAGAGCCACGUGUUUUUUGGACUGCAUCUGUAAAGUUAAACAAUGCCUCAGCGGCUGUUGGCGCUGGGCGGUUCAGGUAGUGUAGGGGUGUGUGUGGGAGGUGGAGUGCCAUCAUCUCGAGCAGAUCAACAAAGGUGGAUCGCGGUUGAGUGGCCGUGCAUGCAGGGACCUGUGCAAAAAGACACGAAGGUCUUUUUAAAGCAACGCGCACCCUGUUUGGUGUGUAUGGUUGAUCCCAAUAGGACCAGGGCUUCAAUACAGCUCGGUCUGUCCAGGUUGGUGGUCCGAAAAAAUAUCCCGUACCCGGCACACCAUAUCCAGUAUACGCUCUCAGUAUGGCUGUGGCUACUAGUCACUUGCAGUCUGCGCCAGUGUAUCAACGACCUGGCUAGUAUUAGGUGAGCAGUAGAGAAAAAAUUGAACCCCCAUGGCGCCGCCUAGGUGUUUUGUGCAAGUUCCAAUCCAGUGAGCUGUCGUUGACUGACUCACCAGGUGAGGACACACCCGUGGGUGUCUCCUACCACGGGAAAGGCCUGCGGCUGUGUUUUGCCGAACAUCACGCCUACACACGCGCGCUGUGUCUUGGGUGGUGCCGUAAUUAGCGCCGCUGCUGUUGAAAAGCAGCACUUCAACCAAUCAGUAGCUCUAUCCCAAAUGCCAACCUCCAUCACCAGCCAUGGUCAAUCCACUGCUGGAUAAAGGCCUUCCAAAGCUGUCACCGUCCCAUGGUCCUGUAAUGCAUGAAUCCACUUAGCACCUGCACAAGCGCUGAUUUUAUCAUUCUGUCUCCAUGGUGGAGGUCCUCUCCGACACUUUCCCUACAUUGGCUCCCACUCCAUCAUUUAGUCUUGAUCGUGCGUAGGUGCAUAUCCAACCUAUGAUCGUUCCUGCCUAAGCCCAAAUUUUCCAUGAGUCAAAAUCUUAUCUUUAACCUCUGCAUAUGUUUGUGAAGCCAUGUGUUAACUCCAUCCCUAUCGAUCCCGGGGUCACAUCGUUUGUGCCCUGUGAGCCCCACAACUAGUGCCGGUUGAUGGAGCACUAGUACACACAGCAAGAUUAUCUUGUACUGCAGCAGCACAACACAGACACCGGGAAAUGCGAUGCCCUUGGUCAGCACAGGUCAGUCCAACUGUUUAUUACAGAGCUGUUUUUCCACGGUUUUGUUUGCUUUUUAAUGCUAAAGGAUCAUGGAUCAAACCGAUUUAAGUGUUUGCCCUUGUGAAGAUGAACAGGGGCGGCAGGUCCACGAGUUUGCGAGCGGGAUUUUGGAUCAGGUGUCGUGUGGUGAUGACGACAGGGCUUUGAUGUCGCGAGCCGACGGUGGUGGCGGUGCGUAGAUUACGAGAGCGGUUCACUGGGCGCAGUCAGGGUGGCUCAAGAAUGCCGUGUGGUGCGAGAGUGACGUUUGUUACCUACUUACAUGAAUGCCUUUCGUAAAAUAAAACAAAUACAUUAUUUUAAAAAAGGUAUUUUUAUGCUCUAGAGUAUCAGCGGAGGAAACUUUCAUUCCAAAGACGAUGAUCGGAUGCCGUCUUUUACUGGUGCACGAAUAAUGGCAUCGCGAUCACCCGUGUUUUCAGUCUUUGACCUUUCAAGGCCGAAUGUUGUGAAUACAAUAAAGCAAUUUGAGAAGA